UCCUUCAGGUCCGCCGCUAUCCCAGGAUUCCCGCCGCCGCCUCCGCCUCCUCUUUCCCGAGCGUCCGCGGGACGUGCAAGAUGGCGGAUGGCGGCGAAGCGGCGGCCUCUGCAGCGCCUACUCCUCCCCCUCCCGAGGGCCCCGGCUCAUGCGCGGGCUGGGCCCAGCGCCUGCGGGCCGGGCUGGCGGGGGCCGGUGGCUCGCUGUGGGUCUUGGCCGGCCUGGGGUUGCUUUACGCUUUGAGAGCUCCCCUGAGGCUGUGUGAGAACCUGGCGGCGGUGACAGCAUUUUUAAAUUCUUUGACUCCAAAAUUCUAUGUGGCACUAACAGGGACAUCAUCUCUAAUAUCUGGACUAAUAUUUAUAUUUGAAUGGUGGUACUUCCGGAAGUAUGGCACAUCAUUUAUUGAGCAAGUAUCUAUAAGCCAUUUGCGGCCACUUAUUGGAGGGACAGAGAACAAAGAACCUUCUCCUUCUGGUAGCAGGGAAGCUGAUACCAAUAGACAAAAUUUGUCAGAAUGCAAGGUAUGGCGAAACCCUUUAAAUCUUUUCAGAGGAGCUGAAUAUAGAAGAUAUACAUGGGUGACGGGUAAGGAACCACUUACAUACUACGACAUGAACUUGUCAGCUCAGGAUCAUCAGACCUUUUUCACUUGUGAUACUGAUUCUCUACGUCCUUCAGAUACAGUUAUGCAGAAGGCAUGGCGGGAGAGAAAUCCUCCAGCUCGCAUCAAAGCAGCAUAUCAGGCUUUAGAAUUGAACAAUGAUUGUGCCACCGCCUAUGUUCUCCUGGCUGAGGAGGAGGCGACGACGAUUGUCGAUGCUGAGAAGUUAUUUAAACAGGCCCUCAAAGCUGGAGAGACAAUUUACAGGAGGUCACAGCAGCACCAGCACCAGAGUCCUCAGCAUGAAGCCCAACUUAGAAGAGACACCAAUGUAUUGGUUUAUAUUAAACGAAGACUAGCAAUGUGUGCGAGAAAAUUAGGAAGAAUAAGAGAAGCAGUAAAAAUAAUGAGAGAUCUAAUGAAAGAGUUUCCUCCUCUUAGUAUGUUGAACAUCCAUGAAAAUCUUCUAGAAUCCCUUCUAGAAUUACAGGCUUAUGCAGAUGUGCAGGCAGUUCUGGCGAAAUAUGAUGAUAUCAGUCUUCCAAAGUCAGCAGCAAUUUGUUAUACAGCAGCACUGUUGAAGACUAGGACCGUGUCAGAUAGAUUUUCUCCAGAAACAGCCUCUAGAAGAGGACUGAGCACUGCGGAAAUUAAUGCCGUGGAAGCAAUUCAUAGAGCAGUGGAGUUUAACCCUCAUGUUCCAAAAUAUUUACUUGAAAUGAAAAGUUUAAUAUUACCCCCAGAACAUAUUCUGAAACGGGGGGACAGUGAGGCAGUUGCCUAUGCUUUCUUUCAUCUUCAGCACUGGAAACGAAUAGAAGGUGCCCUUAAUCUGUUGCAGUGUACGUGGGAAGGCACUUUUAGAAUGAUUCCAUACCCAUUAGAGAAAGGCCAUCUAUUUUACCCUUAUCCCAGCUGCACGGAGACAGCCGACAGAGAACUAUUACCCACAUUUCAUCAUGUUUCUGUUUACCCAAAGAAGGAGCUUCCUUUUUUCAUUCACUUCACAGCAGGCCUGUGUUCUUCUACAGCAAUGCUUGCCCUUCUCACCCAUCAGUUUCCUGAACUCAUGGGUGUUUUUUCUAAAGCUGGAGCUUGUUGAUCACAAUAUAACUCUGUCUCCUGCAAUGAUGCUGAGGAAGGAGAGAGAGUAUUCUACAGAACUCUGAAACAAACUUACUUGCAUUAUCUGUCAUGGAGAGAAAUGGACUUCAAAGAGAAUCCUAUCUGUUUUACAGUGUGAAGAAAGAUUGCAGCUGUGCAUGUGGAAUCAUGGAGGAACAGUGAGAGAAAAUGUUCCUAGGUGAAUGGCAGGGUAGUAGGGUCAGGAAGGGAAGAGGAGAAAUAUGGAAUAGACUUGUAGGCAUUGGAAUGACUAUAUUCCCUUGAGAGUAGUGGCCAAGAGAUGGGGUAGAGUAUACUGUUUCCACCAUCUGUCAUUGAUAGCAUGUAGUGCUUGCCAUAAUCUGAGAGAUCGCUGAUGGCUAGAAGAUCCCAUAAGAACCACAUGGAAUAAAUAUAUUUCUGAUAGUAUUCCUUUAUGGAUUAUUCCUUUAUGAAUAAAUAGUAACAAAUUUUGAAGUGCAACCUCCUUUCAUAGAUUAAAAUGUAAUCAAAGCAAGUAAUCUAUGCUGCAGAAAUUUUUUUGCACUAUUGAAGCCUCUGGUUUUUUUUGUAGAAUAGGCUUUUUACUAUUAACUUUUGAUUUAAAAUAUUUAUAUAUUUGUAACUUUGUUGAAUUGAUAUGAAGAUUUUUGUAUGUAAUUUUAAAAAUGGUAUCCUGACAAAGUGAACUCUUACAGGUCAUGUUUCAUCUCAAAGAUUUUUACAUAUGGUCUUAAAAUUCCUGAAGUUGUGAGAAGACAGAAAAUAGCUUCAGACUAAUACUGAGAUAUUAUCACUUAGAGGGAACUAUCUAACUGUUAUAGAUGGGGUGCUGACUAAGAUACAAAGAGUUCUCAAUUUAUAAAUUUACCCAUACAUACUGGGAAGUUGGCCACUGUCUUUAUCUGGCACUUCUCUACUCCACCCGUUCACCUGCCCAUUGAUUUUGGUGGGGCCAGUUGACUUUUUGGUGGGGGAAGAGAGAGGUGUCAGAAAUAGUAACCUAAUAUUUCUUAUACAAGUGUAAAACUUGGUCUUUUAUGCAUAUAUGAAGAAAGGAAAGAUCUAUUGCAUUUUUUCUUAGAAAUUGCUGGCAAUGGCGAGUUGGUAUUGUUGAAACAUUGCAGGUAUUUUACUGCUUAAAUAGUCUUUUGUGGGGUGGUCUGGAAACUUAACCACUAUUUAUAGCACUUUCCUAUAAGAAAAUCCGUUAAAUUCCAUACAACCCAAUUAUAAAUGGACUCCUGGAACACAACCCGUUCCUAAUUUAGCAACUGCCUAUUGUCAGGCAUUCAUUCAGUCAUUAAGAUAUUUGUUAGAGGGGUCAACACAAUAGCAAAUGGAGACGAUUCUCUGAAGUGUGCUCAUUUAGUCAAGGAAAACCUUUCAAAAAACUUUCUUAGUUUAUUUCAUAGUUAGCAUUAUCUCUCAUUUUCCCCCUUUCACUUUAAGAUUUAUAAAAUUGUUACAAAAAUUUGUUCUUUCUAAACUAUCUUUAGGAAAUUUUUAUAUCUUUCAUACUUAUGAGUUGUAAAACCUUAGAGUUGGAAGAGAUUUUAGAGGUCAUCUAGUCUAACCUCUGUCCAAAUCAUAAAAUUCCCAUAUAACAUGGAUUAUCCAGAUGAUUAGCUUCUACUUAAAGACCUCCAAUGACAUGGAAUUCACUACUCCCAAAAUGAACUAAAAGGAUUGGUGUUACGUUCUCGUUUCAGUGAUAUUAUGCUUUAUAGAACUUGACUUCACUUUUACAAAACUGAUUUUUUUCCUGGAAGAUCUGAAAACUUCAUCUAGCAUCAGAUAAAGAAAGAGAAAGAAGAUGAGAAGCGGAAUGUGCCGAUACCACACUUGAUAUUCUCCUGUGCUAAAAUGCCUGAAAAAGGAAGGCUUGCCUUAAACCAGUAGUUUGCUUUUUUACAUGCUGUGUUAAAUAUCAAAAUUCAGAGUAAGGGUAGUAAACAGACUAGUUGAACUGUAAUACAAUUCUUGUUAUCUGAGAAGAACUUUUCUUCAGGAAUAUUUCUGCACGCUCCUUAAAAAGCUAGCCCUACUCUCUUUGGUUUCAUUUUUCCUUUUUGUAAAGCAGGCUUCCUUCUUGUUCAGUAGCAUUUGAUUGGGCCUUCUCCUGAGCAUUAGUACUUCAAAAAGAAGCCACUUGUGGUGUCAUGUGCUGCUUUCAUCAGCCAAGUAAUAAUACAGUAAUAGAUCUAGGGUUCUUACAUGUUUAUGAACAUAAAAAUGCUAUAGUUUGGGUUUAACAAAAUAGGGAAGUCUAUGAAACUGUGGAAGGAGAUGCUAUAAUGUUGUAACGUGAAGUGGAGAAUCAGAAAGAUCCCUGACCCUCCAAAUAAAAUGCUGACAAUUAUUUUCUCCAAAGCCGCACUUCACUAAAUGUUUUGUUCCACUUGCUGCGUAUUAUAGUUAUGCUGAUCAGGGAGUGGGCCCCGUUUCCACAUAGUUUUUCUAAUCUUUAUGUGGGAAAAUGUAGUUGGACAUGCCAGUGAUGAAUUUCUGAGCAACUUAUAAUUGGCUAGCUCUAGUGUAACCAGGGCCUAACAAUCUACUUGAUUAAUUCUUUAAGGGCUGCAUUAGCCAAGUUGUAUGAUUUCCAAAGAGAUAGGUCAAAUGUUACACUAACAAAGGACCUCUAUGUAAAAUUUUUCUCUUGGGCUCCUUCAACUCCUUCCCAAAAAUAAUUAACUUUUUUCUUCCAAAAUUGCAUUUGGUUUUGAAUAAAGAUAUGAGUGCCAAGUGUUGCCCUCCCUGAGUGGUCACUAAACAUUUAGGAAGGUCAUUUUGGCCAUAGAGUUUUCUCCAGAGUAAAAUUAAUUUUUGAUUCUGACAUUACUGAAAAGAUAACAGUGGAAGAAGAAAUGGUAAAUAUAGUUAUUGAGUAUGCUUAAUAAACCAUUGUUAUACCCAGCAUUUAGCCUCAUUUUAUAUAGUGCCAUUUUGACAGAGUGCAACUUUAAGAAGUUAUCUGGAUAAUUCCUAAAUAGGUAGAGAUUCUUUUAAAAUAGUAUCAUCCUAUUUCAGAAAGGCUGAGUAGCUAUGACUAAUAUGUACUUCUUUUGCAAGUGUAUAGUGUCACAAUCAGUCCUCAAAUUGACAACAGAUGACUUUGUAUGAAAAUUGAUUAUUUUGGAAAUGAAUUUCUACAUUGCAUGCAAACUCUUAUGGCAAAAAUGGUGUGUAUUUUUCUUCCCCCAAAAUUUUCAACUUAGAUUGUACUCCUGAAAGCAUUGUUCUGUAACUACCUGUUGAGGUUACACUGUACCAGAAGUAUUUCGAUGAGAUUCUAAUGAAUAAAAUGAGCCUCCUAGAAGGCAAGUCUGAA